GCACAUUCCUUCCUGGUGUUUCUGCAUGUUAAAUGGAAAACUGCUUGCGUGGGAACACAUCAUCAGUGUGUUUAUAGUAGAAACAAAACUUCACCUUUAAAUGUCAGCAGAAAGGAGUUUUGUCUUGUUAGCAAAGAAGCAGUAGAAUCAGAGGAGUUGUUCUGACUGACUCUUAGGUGUUGAACAGAAGCUCUUGAGACUAAAACUAAACAAUUUUAGAUUUUUGUUUUUAUUUUCACCAUCAUGGCUGACUCGGGUUUCUCGUCACCACCAGAUACUUUCUGUCCUCUGUGUGCAGAUGGACUGAGCGAUCCAGUCACUAUUCCAUGCGGCGACACUUUCUGCUUGGAGUGCAUCAAGAUCUACUGGGACCAGUAUGACCACACGGGUGUGUACAGCUGCCCUCAGUGCCGUGCAACCUUCACGCCACGACCCGUCCUGAGACUUGACCUCCCAGAUGUCCAAUACCAGCUACACCAGCAGCUACCAGAGCUCACUCCUUUCCCCGACUUGCACCGGGAGUCCUACUGUGACUUCUGCGUUGGCCGUCGCAAUAAAGCUGUGAAGUCCUGUCUCAUGUGUCUGGCUUACUACUGCGAAACGCACGUCAAGCCUCAUUAUGAGUCGGCGACUUUCAAGAGGCACAAGCUGGUGGAUGAGACGGGUCACCUGGACAGGAAGAUCUGCCCCCAACAUGAGAAAGGCCUGGAGCUUUUCUGUCGCUCUGACCAGAUGUGCAUCUGUGUACUGUGCACUGUUAGAGAACACCGCAGCCACAACAUCACCUCAGCAGAAGAAGAACGCACGGAGAAACAAAAAAUUUUGAUAGUGACCCAGUCAGAGGUGCAACACAUCAUUUCAGACAGAAUGAAGGAGCUUCAGGAGCUCAAGCACAAUGUAGAUGUUCUAAAAGUAAGUAAGAAACAAAGUAACCAAUCAAAAAAGCUCACUGGACCACAUGGCACAUACAUAUUAGAAGUGAACCUGGAUCAAAAAGCUCCUAACAAAGUGUCCUUUCAGAAAAAUGCCCAGAGAGCGCAGACAGAAAGUGAUAAGACCUUCCAUGAAAUGCUGCAGGCAGUCGAGCGCUGGAAAUCUGAAAUCAACCAGAUGAUAAUGGCCAACAUGCAGGCAGCAAUGCUGCAGGCUGAAGGUUACCUUGACCGCCUGGAGCAGGAGAUCCAGGAGCUUCAGCGCCGGGACGCAGAACUACGACAGAUCUUAGAAACAGAAGACAACAUUCACUUUCUACAGAAUUUCCCCACCCUGCGUGUUCCUCCUGAAGCCAUGGUCCCAAAAGUUCUCAUCAACCCCCAGUUCUCUUUUGGAGAAAUCAGCAGAACAGCCACAGAGAUGAAGGAAAACCUGGACGAUAUCUGCAAAAAGGAACUCAGCAAAAUCUCAAAGACAGUGAGUGACACUCCCAUCUACAUACUGCUACCAAGAAAUGGAGACAAAUGUCUCAAAGUUCCUUCUAGAGUGAAUUUGCAGGAACCAAAAAUGAGAUCUGACUUCCUGAGAUAUUCAUGCAGGCUGUCCUUUGAUCAAAACACGGUCUACAAAGAGCUGGUUUUGACGGACGGGAAUAAGAGGGUCAGCCGGAAGAAAUCCAUCCAGUUUUACCCGGAUCACCCAGAGCGCUUUGAUGGAUUUUCACAAGUGCUGUGUAAGGAGCCGUUGUCUGGUUUCAGGUUUUACUGGGAGGCGGAGUGGAGCGGGGAGUUCUCCAUCGGGGUGGCCUAUAAGAGCAUCAGUCGUAAAGGGAAGAACUCCCAGAGUCUUCUGGGUUAUAAUGACAAGUCAUGGAGUCUUCUGUGCUCAGAUUCAGGUUACUCAGUCUGGCACAACAAGGUAGACAAAGAUCUCCCUGAUGCACCCAGAGCUUCUAGAAUAGGUGUGUACUUGGACUAUGCUGGAAAUGUUCUGGCCUUUUAUUCAGUGUCAGACACAAUGCAGCUGAUCCACAGAUUCAAGGCUCAGUUCAGUGAGCCUCUAUAUGCUGGAUUUGGCGUUGGUUCCUCUGUUACCCUAUGCCAACUCAAACCGAAUAAUGUGCCUUAAACAUAAUUAAAAUCAGCUAUUGUAAAAAUUAAUGUCAGAGAGGUUAUUUAAUCAAAAGUGGGUUCAUUUGUUUUGAAUAAUUUUUGGGGGUUAUUCGUAAAAGCUGCCCAAUGCCAAGCUAUGAUCAGACACUAACUGGUUUCUUCACUGGGGCCAGAACACAGUGCCAUGAAAGGGUUGAGAGAGACUUAAGGGACUUACCAAGCAUGAAGAAGGCUGUGGAACAAUUGGAAUAUCAAACAAUAAAAUUACCUCUUUCACAAGGUUAAAGAGAAGCUUAGCUUUUAGCGUUAAUCUCUGGAAACAUCCACUGAAAUGUUGAAAAUGAACAAAACGUCGUCCAUAAACCAUAAAUAUCUAGUCUAAAGUACAUUGUGCAUGGGUCUAGCAUCUUUGGAGGGCAUGGACAUGGUUCCAUCUGGCCGGCUCGCAGUCUUGCACCUGUCGAUGAUGUCAAAUUAGAAGAUUGACUGGAUGUGUGACUUGCGGAAGUUACAUUACCACGUUUAAAAACAUUUAGGCAGAAGGAAACAUGAAUUUAAUAACAAAACUGCUAAAGUCUUUCCAAAACAUUUGUGAAAGAACAAAAUCGAAAAAAAAGUUGCUAGUCAGGUAGUGUUGCCGUAGUAUGAUGACGUCAUCGGCAGGCACAGGACCCCGAGCAGAUCCGGAAAGUACAGCGCCAGAAAGCUACAACGGGUAUUGUAAUCUCUUGAUGGAAUUAACUCGGAGCACAGCGGACAGCAGCGCCGCUGUGAAAGCGGAUAACGGAACGGGGAAGCUAAUUAGCAUAAAAAGCCGGCAUGAAAUUAUGGAAAUGCCUCAAAGAAAAUCAACACGAUCUAUUAGGUGUCCCAGAAGGCUUAUAUCUGAAGACAGUGACCACGAAGAAGGACAGAUCUCCAGUGAACCAGGAUAUGAAUGUUUGUUCAGUCUUUUUUUUUUUUGAACAACCCUCAACUAUUUGCUAAUUGCAAGAUUCAGCUUCAUUCCAGCAUUAUUUACCUUUUUACAAUAAAUAAUUAUUUUUGCUAAAACAAAAGUUUUUGGUAUAACAGUGCACGGUGUGCAAGAGAAGCACCCCAUGGCAGUGCGAGGUGUGCAGGACUCUGCCUGCAGCUGGAGAGAAACUGCUUCAAGGCCUACCACAUCAAAUAAAAACGUCUGAAAGCUUACAAAAAUAAAUGGUCUUAAAACUGCUAAAAAAAGAUACAAAGGUUCAAACUUUUUUAAGAAUAGAUGCAUUACAGUUCAAAGUUUAAAUUGUUCAUUCCAAAUUGUUUGCCCAAGUCAUUUUGAAGUUUCUGUUCAGUAAUAAAUGUAAAAAAAAUUCAAA